AUGGCAAAGAACAUUGACUCUUUCGAACAAUUUACGACCCGAAUCGGACGUCUGCGGAUGAGAAGAUGUGAUCCAACGCCAGCUUUGACAAUCUUCGUUGCUUACGCUCCAACAUCAAGCUACGAAGAAGAAGUCGAAAGCUUUUCUAUGGAACCAGAGAAGUUCUACAGAGAAGACCACACCCUCUACAAGCCAUCUCCACCUGCCUACUCACCAUCUGAGGGAAGAUGUACAUGUCCCAAAGGUUCUUCCUUGCGACAUGCUAUCAUGUCGGCAGGAAAUCGUACGACACCCGAUCUUGACGGAAUAAGACCAGAACACCUGAAGAAUCUUCUGCCAGUUCUCAUCAUCAACACCCUGCGUCAACCAAACUUGACUCCGCAACAAGCUGAACGAGUUCUGGCCGAAUUCGACGAAACAUGUGAAUGGAUCGUUCUUCAGCUGUAUCUGAAAAAGGCGAUGUCAAUGCGUAACGAAUGGGUCUCGAAUGCUCCAUUUACGCUCAACGGAACAAGUAUAUCCGAACGCACCAGCUACGUUUAUUCGGGUCGCGAAUUGAACAUAAAGAACGACCUGACCCCCAUGUUGGGCAGAAAGAAACGAGCGGCCUAG